AACAAACACUUCAAAAUGAUAUAUUUUCACAUUGUUUAAACUUUACAAGUCACAAUGGCUUCAAAUAACAUAUUUCUUACAGUUCAUUUCCUGAAAAAAUUCAAAAUAUUUGAAUAAUUUUUUUUCCAAUAAUCCCAAUAAUCCCAAGUAAUCCCAAAUAAUCCCAAUAAUCCCAAUAAUCCCAAAUAAUCCCAAUAAUCCCAAUAAUCCCGAAUAAUCCCAGCAUAUUUUUGAGUGUCCACGCCUUGAAUUCAAAUAAAAAAAAAUUCUAACCUCAAAAUCAUUUUUCUUAAAUUCAUGACUGUUAUGUCCAACAUAAGCCAUUUUCUGCCAUGGAUUAUAUUUUCCAAUUAUUUUUCCAGCAUAAAUAGCGUCUGGUGUUGUGUGAUCAGCUCUGAUGAUGUAAGUAGCUCCAUAUAAAUCAUAUCCACCAUAAACAGCGUUACUUGGCACACCAGAUAUUGUUGUGUUCCAUUUCAUCCAGACGCCAUCUUCAUUUAGUUGAUCUGAAUAUGCUGAAGAGAGCAAUUUUAAUUAAUUUAUGGUUCUUGGUUCAAAGCAGAAAGCUUAAAACCUUUCAAACGUCGCACUUAGUGUCUUUUGGCUUACCUUUUGGAUCAACUUGCAGUUCCGGAUAAGUGUGGCUAUUAAAAGAGUCUUGGCAGCAACAGCUAGCAAUUAGUAAUGUAAAUGUGAUGAUAAGAAGUUUCAUGAUUGAAUAAAUGUAAAUUAAUGACUUUAAAGCUACUCGAUUUCAGCCUUUAUCAAUACUAAAAGUAGGGAGUAAGCCUUAGAUCAGCAAUUUUGAGUUUGAUGAACGACUGUGUGACUACAGUCCUGCUGUGUGACUACAAGCCUUGCUUUAUCUGUCCUUUGGAGAAAAUGCUCUCAGUACAAUUAAUUGAGAGUCAGUUUGUUAUUAAUAACAAAAAUUUUAUUUUUUUCCGGGAUUUUCUCAUCAAUUUGAUGCAUUAAAAUUCAUCGCAGUCCACAGUUUAAGCUAGUUGAGAAGGUUUGCAAUUUUACUUCAAGGAAUAAUGACUAAAAGAAUUCUCAUCCUCCUUUAUAUGACCUUAACCUUCCGCCACUCACUCGCAUCAUCAGAAAUCGAAUGCACUUACAACACAUUCAGCUACACCGUACUUGGACUGAUAUAUCAGUGCGAUGUAAAGAAUGAUUUAAAAAUAUUUAAUGAUAAAUCAGCAGUCAUUAGCACAAUCGAUGGUGUCCAUGAAGGCACAAAAGGCAAUAAUGAUGUCAUCGGAUUUUACGCAAAUCAAAAAACAAUUCAAGUUUUUCCAAAAAAUCUCGAAAAAUUCUUCAAAAAUUUAAAGGCUUUGUGGAUCGCAAAUUGUGAAUUGAAGGAAAUUUUUCAGUCAGAUUUGAGGAAAUUUCCGAAAUUGGCUUUUAUUUUGCUGCCUGGAAAUAAAAUUGAAGUCAUUGAGGAAGGACUUUUUGCAUAUAAUCCAGAUUUAGAGAUUGUUGGGUUCGUUGACAACAACUUAAUUCAUGUGGAUCCAAAUGUGUUUGAUAAUUUGAACAAAUUGAGUUAUUUUUGGUUCAACAAUGCAUCUUGUGUCAAUAUUGCAGUUCAUAAUAUGAAGGACAAAGUCAAAAUGGCUCUUAAUAUUUUGAGGAUGCAUUGUGUAAGCUCUAAAGUUGUUGCUAUAGAUGAGAACCUCAAAAACCUUAAAGUUGAUUCAGUGAAUGUCAAAGUUUUCGCCGCAAAUAUUAAAGCAUUGGAAACAAGAUUGAAGAAUUCAAAAUUCUCGAAAUUCCGUCCAUUGAUGAAUAAUUUUGAGAAUCUUGGGGAUUAUUCAAGUUGUGGAAAGGGGUCUGGUGUGUCUGAUGGGAGAUUAGAAUAUGUUAGAUUGAAUACCAGUCUAUUUGCAAGUCGUUUUGGCGGUAAUAUUGGCUUGCCUUAUUCAAAAGAUUUUAUAAGAAAUUCUGAGCCAUUUGAUGAUGACUUCGCUAGACCAACAUCGAACCUGAAUCCCACAAACAAUCAAAGCAAUCGAGAAGUUUUUUAUAAGUACAAUUAUUCAUCGAGGAAUCCAUUUCAAUACAUUCCUGACAUGCCUAUUGCUCCUAACAUAAAAGCUUCCCAAUGUGAUGAACUCGAUGACCUUAAAGCAUCCCAAAGCAACAUCGAAAAUUCAUUAUCAGAACUCAAAGCUUCUCAAAAUGAUCAAAAGGUUGCAAUUAACCAAUUAGACUCAAAAAUCACAAUCCAGCUUGAAAACAUCCAGAAAUUUUCACAAAAUUCCCUCAAAAGCAUGCAAGGUUCCCUCAAAAUUUCCCAUAAUUAUGUAAUAAGCUCCAUUGGAGGCAUCAAAAAUACAACAAAUGAACUUAAAGCAUCACAAAGUGAGAUUAUGGAUUCUUUACUUAACCUCAAAAACUCACAAGACGAUGCUGAAGCUUUAAUUAAGUCAAAUGAGAAGAAAAUUGAGGAUUUGAAUGAAAAACUAUUGAAUCUUGAGGAAAAGCUGGAAAAUUUAUCUGAAAAAAUGGAGAAAAUUGAGAAUAAGUUGGGAAAUUUUGCACAUAAAGUUGCUAUUGAUGUUGAAAAAAAGAUGAAAGGAGUUGAGAUGAGGAUUGCGAAGAAAAUUGAGGAAGUUCUGAAGAAUGUUUUGGCUGAGAAACUUUAAACAAAUUAAAAAAAUUCCAAAACAGGU